AUGCAACCUGAACACAGCAAUAAAUAUUACCUCAGAGUGCAAUGUGACAAUGGCCUCAAAUAUGAUUUUUUUGAACAAAAGUUGGACAUUUCAGUAAAAGCCUGGGUCACAGUCAGGGAGACACUGGAGGAGAAUCAGGACAAAACUAAAGUCAAGACCUCUGUUGUGAACUUCACUGCUUCUCACCUCCAUCACAGACAGGAAAUCUCCUGUACUGCUGUCUACAACAAACAAGAUGGCAGCACUGAGUCAUCUGUUAGCACAAGUUUAACAGCUGAUAUUUCAUAUUCACCCAAACACACCACAGUGUCAGUCAGUCCCUCUGGUCCAGUACCAGAAGACAGCACUGUGACUCUGACAUGCAGUAGUACUGCCAACCCAGCAGUAAGGAACUACACCUGGUACAGAGCUGAUGGAGGCCAGGAGACUUUUAUUGGGACCGGACGUGUUUUAAACAUUAAAGCUUCUGAAGUCAGUGGUCCUUUUUUCUGCAAGGCUGAAAAUGAUCUUGGAGCUGGACGAUCCAACAUCAGUCAAAUAGAUGUUCUGUAUUUACCCAAACACACCACAGUGUCAGUCAGUCCCUCUGGUCCAGUACCAGAAGACAGCACUGUGACUCUGACAUGCAGUAGUACUGCCAACCCAGCAGUAAGGACCUACACCUGGUACAGAGCUGAUGGAGGCCAGGAGACUUUUAUUGGGACCGGACGUGUUUUAAACAUUAAAGCUUCUGAAGUCAGUGGUCCUUUUUUCUGCAAGGUUGAAAAUGAUCUUGGAGCUGGACGAUCCAACAUCAGUCAAAUAGAUGUUCAGUUUGCUCCACAGAUCCUGUUCUCCUCUUAUUGCACCAAAACUACAGACCAGCUCAACUGUUCCUGUGAGACUGUGGGAAACCCUUCUCCCACUUUACAGUGGUAUUUGGAUGGGUUACCUUUCAAUCACUCAGACACGUUUGCAAUCAGCAAUGAGCCUCUAAAUGAGACAGGUCUGAGGAUAAUCAUCACUGUGAAUCAACCACAAUGGAGGAAUCUUUCCACUUUGCUCUGCCGCAGCUCCAACUCUCUGGGAUCUGCUACUCAGAGGUUUUAUUUCUACAGCCUUGAGCCUCAAACAUCUGCACAAUACCAAGUGACACUGACAGUCUUCAUCAUCAUAGUUGUUGCACUGCUAGUACUAGUAUGUGCUCUGCUGUUAGUCAACAGAGCUCAGAAGACUCGCCAUAAUCUUCCUAAGGGCACCGUUGCUAUGAGUCAACUUCUAACAAGUGGAGAGGGAAACGAGGUACCCAACACAACAGAAGACGACAUUUCUAUCAACGCCAGUGUGCUGAGACAGGAAGAUGUCGCCCCUCCUGCAGCUGUCUCUGGCCCAAACAACGCCGACUCAGCAAGCUCUGGGCCAAACAAUGCAGAAGGAGCCGAUAAAAACUUAGAGAAGAAGAAUGAAGGAGGCAGCGACGUGGUUUUACGCGAAUGUGAACUGGAAGAGCAAGAGCAAGAAGAAGAAGAAGGAAGCCUGGGUCACAGUCAGGAGACACUGGAGGAGAAUCAGGACAAAACUAAAGUCAAGACCUCUGUUGUGAACUUCACUGCUUCUCACCUCCAUCACAGACAGGAAAUCUCCUGUACUGCCGUCUACAACAAACAAGAUGGCAGCACUGAGUCAUCU